AGAUCAACUAUUCCAGGAAAAUGAUAUUAUUUGUCACCAUUGCAGCUUUGGUCAUUGCCUGCACUAGUGCAGCCAGCUUGGAUGGCAUCCCACGACCAGGUUUUCCUGAGGGACGUAUUAUCAACGGUCAUCCUGCCAUCAAAGGUCAAGCUCCCUUCAUUGUCUCAUUGAAGUCGGACUCUCACUUUUGCGGUGGUUCAAUCAUCGAUGCACAUUGGGUCCUGACUGCUGCCCACUGUUUGACCAGGGACGAAUUUCAACUCGUUGCCGGUUUGUAUGAACGUUCUGACGAGUCCGAUGUUCAAAUACGCAAUGUUAAUGGCAAAAAAUUCAUAUUCACCCAUGAAUUGUAUGGCGGUGGUGUUGGGCCCCAUGACAUUGGUCUCAUCUACGUCGAGGAGGCCUUCGAUUUGAAUGCCCUGUCUCGUGAUGGAUCUGCUCCCGUUGCCAGCAUUAACUUGCCUUCUGGUAAAUAUGAAAGCACUGGCCGUGGUGAACUCUUUGGCUGGGGACGUGACAACUCCGCAUCCAUACCCAACAUACUGCAGACAUUGGAAGUUGACAUCAUUGGCUACACUGAGUGCAAAGCUGCCCUUCCCGCCGGUUCCUCCUUGGCUAUUGUAAACAUCUGUUCCUAUACCGCUGGUACAACUGAUGGUGCUUGCAAUGGUGACUCUGGCGGUCCAUUGGUCAAAAACACCAAGGAUGGCUAUGAAUUGGUGGGUCUAGUGUCGUGGGGUUAUACCCCUUGUGCUAGCACACAGAUGCCUUCGAUCUACACCAGCGUUGCAUCUUACAAACAAUGGAUAGCUGAUACUAUCGCUGCAUACAAAAACUAAAAUGACAAUCUAAAUAAAUGUAAAACCCAAUGAGAAAGGAGGGUUUUUUCUUUUGCUCAUCAUCAA